AUAGUAUUAUUAAGAUGAUGAGAGUGGCAGUGGUGGGUGGUGGAAUAAGUGGAUUGGUUUCAGCGUAUGCAUUGGCCAAAGAGGGAGUGAAUGUGACUCUUUAUGAGAAAGAAGAUUAUUUGGGAGGCCAUGCCAAAACUGUGAAUGUUGAUGGUAUUGAUUUGGACCUUGGUUUCAUGGUUUUCAACCGGGUAACUUAUCCUAACAUGAUGGAGUUCUUUGAGAGCCUUGGAGUUGACAUGGAAUUAUCUGAUAUGUCAUUCGCCAUUAGCCUUGAUAAUGGCCACACCUGUGAAUGGAGUAGCAGAAACGGUUUGUUUGGCUUGUUUGCACAAAAGAAAAAUGUGAUCAACCUUUAUUUUUGGCAAAUGCUAAGAGAAAUUAUCAACUUUAAAGAUGAUGUUACAAGGUAUCUUGAUAUGCUUGAUAACAACAAUUUGAAUAUGGACCGCAAUGAAACCUUGGACCAAUUCAUAAAGUCAAGGGGUUACUCUAAAUUAUUUGUGAAAGCAUAUCUUGUUCCAAUUUGUGGUUCUAUAUGGCCUUGCUCUUCUGAAGGAGUUAUGAGCUUCUCUGCUUUUUCUGUUUUCUCUUUUUUCAGAAAUCACCAUCAUCUUCAGCUCUUUGGAAGGCCACAAUGGCUAACUGUUAAAAGGCGCUCGCACACUUAUGUUAAGAAGGUCAAAGAAGAACUUGUUAGAAGAGGUGGUAAAGUAAUAGUUAAUUGUGAGGUGGAACUGGUUUUAACAUCGAAAAAAGGAUGUGUUGUGCAUUGUAAAGAUGGUUCCAAAGAAAUGUAUGAUUGCUGCAUAGUCGCGACACAUGCACCUGACACUUUGAGAUUAUUAGGAGAGGAAGCAACAUAUGAUGAACGAAGAAUUCUUGGUGCUUUCCAAUAUGCAUAUAGUGAUAUUUUUCUUCACCAUGACAAAAAUUUAAUGCCUCUUAACCCAUCUGCAUGGAGUGCAUGGAAUUUUCUUGGAUGUAACAACAACAAAGUUUGUGUGACAUACUGGCUCAACAUUCUUCAAAAUCUUGGUGAAACAAGAUUACCUUUUCUUCUAACUCUAAAUCCAAACCAUACACCGAAAAAUACUCUUCUUAAGUGGUCAACUGGACAUCCAAUUCCAUCAGUUACUGCAUUCAAAGCUUCACAAGAGUUUGAAAAAAUUCAAGGAAAAAGAGGAAUUUGGUUUUGUGGUGCCUACCAAGGUUGUGGAUAUCAUGAAGAUGGAUUAAAGGCUGGCAUGAUUGCUGCAUAUAACAUUCUUGGAAGAUGUUGUUCCCUCCGAACGAACCCCAAACUCAUGGUACCUUCUUGGAAGGAACUUAGUGCACGCCUAUUUGUGACGAGAUUCUUAAGUUCCUAUAUUACCACUGGUAGUUUAACUUUAUUGGAGGAGGGGGGAACAAUGUUUUCCUUUGAAGGAAUUAAUAAAACGUGCUCUUUGAAGUGUGUUAUGAGAAUUCACAGUCCCCAAUUUUAUUGGAAGGUUAUGACACAAGCUGAUUUAGGCCUUGCAGAUGCGUAUAUUAAUGGAGACUUUUCCCUUGUUGAUAAAGAUGAAGGUCUUUUGAAUCUUUUUCUGGUUUUCAUAGCGAACAGAGAUUCAAAUGAUUCAAGCUCAAAAUUGAAGAAGAAUAGGGGUUGGUGGACACCAUUUUUCUUUACAGCGGGUUUAGCAUCUGCAAAUUUCUUCAUUAAGCAUUACUUUAGGAAAAAUACUAUCACACAAUCUCGUCGCAACAUCUCUAAUCACUAUGACUUGAGCAAUGAACUCUUUGCGCUAUUCAUGGAUGAAACAAUGACAUAUACAUGUGCAGUGUUCAAGAAUGAAAAGGAAGAUUUAAAAGAUGCACAACUGAGAAAAAUGUCUCUUCUCAUUGAAAAAGCUAGAAUAGACCAAACACAUGAAAUUCUUGAUAUUGGAUGUGGAUGGGGAAAUUUAGUGAUUGAAAUUGUCAAGAAAACCGGUUGCAAGUGCACUGGCAUCACUUUGUCGAAGGAGCAACUAAAAUUUGCAGAAAAAAGAGUUCGAGAUGCUGGACUUCAGGAUCAUAUCAAAAUUCUUCUAUGUGACUAUCGCCAACUACCGAAGACAUUCAAAUAUGAUAGGAUUAUAUCUGUUGGAAUGAUAGAAGCAGUUGGUCAUGAAUACAUGGAAGAGUUCUUCAGUUGUUGCGAAUCACUAUUGGCAGAUGAUGGGCUUCUAAUUCUUGAGUUUAUAUCAAUUCCGGACCAACGUUACGAUGAGUGUAGACGCAGCUCCGAUUUCUUGAAGGAAUAUAUUUUUCUAGGAGGAUGCCUUCCUUCUCUAAGUAGGAUAACAUCAGCCAUGGCUGCUGCAUCAAGAUUAUGUGUAGAGCACAGUGAAAAUUUUGGAAUUCAUUACUACCAAACAUUAAGGUGGUGGAAAAAGAACUUCCUUAAAAAUCAAAGUGAAGUUUUGGCUCUUGGAUUCGAUGAAAAGUUCAUCAGAACAUGGGAAUACUAUUUUGAUUUUACUAGUGCAGGUUUCAAAUCACGAACACUUGGGAAUUACCAGAUAGUUUUUUCAAGGCCUGGCAACAUGACUACACUCAAGGAUCCAUACAAAAGCUGGCCCUCAGUAUGUUGAGAAUAAGAAGCCAUGACGCAUAAUAAUAGCAUACUAUAUUACAAAUUUCUUUAUUGACAAAUGGCAAAAGGGUAAAUCGAUGAUGAUGUUGUACUUUUUUGUUGCUCCUUGUUUUGUAAUACAUAUUACCAUGCAUAAGGAUGUGAUUAUUUUAUUUAGUACUUUCUUUUAGUUUUGUAUCAUAUAUUUUGUGUGACGAAUAAAAUGUGAAAGAAAAUAUAUUAUUGUUAGAUAAUGACACGAUAUCAUCACCAUAUACUCCUUGGUAAAUUAUUAGUGCUUAGUCGUAUAU